CAAGAAACACAACAAAACCCUUUUACUUGCCUCAAUCUGAACCACUUCUCUGCUGAGCUUCCUUGCUGCUGGUAAACAGAGCUCUGGAAUUGACACCCUUCAACAGAUAAGGUCAAUCCAUCGACCUAGCUAGCUACUGAUAGACCAGCAUAUUCCUACACAACCAUCCAGUUAGACUAGUUGGCUGUAUCAGCAUGACUAUUGCAUCCGACAAGCAGCAAGACAGUCUCGUCGCAACAGCUCGUCCAGAAUGUGAACUACCUGCAGCACACCGUCCUGGACGACGAGGACCUCGAAAGGCACUCAAGGCAGCAAGGUUACUUAUGGCACGUCGCAAACUAGGAGCCAUUAUUCGAGAUGAAACACCGCAGCAAGAACCGUCCAUGUCACAUCCACUCAGCAAUGACCUGGAACUAAAUCCUCCUCGCUAUUUGCACUUGUUGCGACAAAACCCAGUCCUGGCUCGGGACCGAUUCCGACGUACCGUGGGAUUGUGGGGCGACGAGUUUUCCAUUUAUCCACUAGUCUUUACUAUUGAAAUUGGGGCCAGUCUGGAGAUUAUCCGAGAAGUCUUUGAAAUGAACCCGGAAGCUCUUUCGCAGCCCGUGUCACCACUCGAAGGCGACUAUCCUCUCCACUUGGCCUGUUCGCAACUAUCCAAGUCGUCGGUACCGGUAGUGAUCUUUUUGGCACAGGCGUAUGCCGAUGCGGUCAAAAUGCCCGAUCUAGACGACUUUUUGCCCUUGCAUCGGCUCUUGCGAAGGCCACAGCGGUGUGUCACGCUCCACGAAGUCCACACGCUCCUGGACAUUUUUCCGCAAUCCAUGAAAGUGGAAUGUGUCUUUGGAUUACCCUUGUUACUCGCGUUGAACUGCGAACAAACGAAACGAGAUGUCCUUCACUGCCUCAUUGCGCGGUUUCCCAAAGAUGUCACCGACUUGCAACUCGGCGAGCGAGUUGUGACUCCCCUCAACAAUGACAAUGCUCGACGCCAACGAGGCGAAUUGAUUUCUCGUCGGAGAAUGUACGGUUCCAUGACACUGGAGCAUGCCCGUCUCAUCUCCAAGAUUUUUCCACAGAUACGGACCCUGUGUUGUACACCACAGCAAUGGUCCGAACGAGCCUUUGUCCAUUUCAUGGUGGAACUCUACCAUCAGAACGAGCUACUCGAACUCGAUCUCCACUUGCCACCCAACCUGUUGUCACGGGAUGACUUUGCGUGUUCCACCAUCCAGCAGCUACUUCGACAAAACAAGUCACUGCAGCGACUGGCCAUUGACUUUGGAGCUCCUGAUCAUGCCUUUUCCAGCACUCCGGACUUGUCGGGUACCGAAAGAUGCUUGCACUAUCUGGGAAUGGGACUUUGUCAGAAUCAAACCCUUCGAUCCUGCCAUGUCGCAAAGAACCUCAUCACUUCUUUUGAAGCACAAGUCUUUACAAAGGCAUUGUGGAAACCACUCACGAAGGUACUAGUGGAACAAAAUGCCACCUUGGAAUGCAUCUGCAUCCCUCAUGUGGAAAAGGAGGCGGAGCUGCCUCUAGAAGGCCAACGAGUUCAGUUCUGGACGAGGCUCAAUCGGUUUGGAAGAGCCAAGGCUCGGAAUCCUCGAGUAACCCUCAACGACUUUGUCGAUGUUGUGAUUGCUGCCGUAACUACAAACAGAAAUGCAGAUGGUGAUUGUUCUUGUUAUGGUGAAUUGACUAAACUUCAGCUCCAAAAUGUCCUCUUUGGACUCCUGCAAGAAUGUCCUAGUCGAUGGAGUUAUUGCCAUCUUUGAGAACGCAAAGCCAGCACUUGAUAUGAAUGCACAGCUUUUGCACUAUAGGUUUGCUUGGAUUUCAUCAUGAACCGAAUCUUCAAUCUUCUCAUUGCCACAACCCGAUUCAAGAGUAGUGAACGUAGUAACGUACCUGCGAAGUCAACUAGUCCUGUUUGAAAAACUG